GAUGAGUCGUAUUUAUUAUUGAAGAAAGAAGAAAGAGACCAGAGCGAAAUUGCGAAUGUGUGAAUUUAAAUUAAACGAGAAAUGUGAUCGUUAUCAUUAUCAGCAUUUAUAAGAAUGAGCGUCGUAUAACAAUAGCAGUACCGCGUUUAAUUCAUUUAGUUUAAAUUUGUCCGGCUCAAUCUCAGAGUAGGUUAGUCGGUAAAUUAUCAAUUUUAUCUCUCUUAUGCCCACUUGUCUCUUAUCGAGUACGUUGAUUUUUACCGCGAUUUUGUGUUUCAAAAUUUUUUGAUUUUCGUGACAAUGGUCUCUGAUAUAGUUUUAUGUGUGUCUGAUCUAAAUCGAACCGGCAACGAGAUUUUUCAGCCCAAUUCCUACCUUGAAGUUAACAUGCCCGAGAUGCCAGAAUGGGUUGAUGGACUGCAGGAUAUGCCAUGGUUGUGGGCCAUGUUCGGAUCUAUUUUGGUCGGACUUAGUGGCGUCUUACCCCUUUUGGUCAUUCCUAUGGACCAGACGGAUAAUUUGAAGCAAGGAGCCAGUGCAAACAAAUUAAAAUCACUCCUGAGCUUCGCAGUGGGUGGACUUCUAGGGGACGUUUUCCUCCAUUCACUUCCUGAAAUUUGGGCGAAUAACGUUUCCAAAUGCGGAGGCAGACAAAACAGCGGACUGUUGAUCCUUACCGGCCUCAUAACGUUCGUAGCAGCAGAAAAACUAUUUGGCCUCUUGGAAGUCGAUGCAGAAGACACGCCUGUUCAAAAAGUAGAGAACAACAACGUCAAAGGCCUCAAAAACGUACCAGAAAACAACAAGAAACACAUAUCAGGGUAUCUGAACCUAGUGGCUAACACGAUAGAUAACUUUACGCACGGACUUUCUUUGGGCGGGGCGUUUUUGGUGUCGCCCAGGUUGGGGGUGCUCACCACCUUCGCCAUCUUGGUACACGAGAUUCCCCAUGAAGUGGGAGAUUUCGCCAUUUUAUUGAAAUCUGGAUUCACCAGGUGGCAUGCCGCCAUUUUUCAAAUACUUACCGCUGGCGGAGGAUUGGUUGGCGCGCUUUCCGCCAUCGUGUUUAGCGGAGCUUCGAAUUCUAUAGAAGCCAGAACAUCUUGGAUCCUUCCUUUUACGGCAGGAACUUUCCUGCACAUCGGCUUGGUGACGGUCCUUCCCGACCUACUGAAAGAAGAGGACCCCAAAGAAUCCUGCAAACAGUUACUAGCCCUCUUAGCCGGUAUUUUUCUAAUGGCACUGGUGACGAACUUUUUAGAAUAGAUCAAAGUGAAACUUGCGUGGACCUGAGGUACGUUUCUUCGAAACUUUCUGAACGUCUCUCGUGCAAAUACACAAACGUUUGUGUACCUGAGGUUGUUCAGGAUCAUAUCGAAACUGUUGCCGUUGAACAAGAUGCCAUAUUUGUUUUGUGUUUUCUAUUUAGGCGGAUAUUUGUAGUUUUUUUUGCCUAUAUAUGCAGUAUUUUUUAGUUUUAGUUAUAUUUUGUUUGUAAGGCCAGGUUUUUGUCGUAAAGGGAACAGUUUUCCAACUUGUAAUACUCAAACUGGAAAAGAAGCAGUAACUGACAAUAUGAGCUACGUAAUUGUGGUAUUACUAACAUCGGACGUAAUAUUGUUAGUUAAUUGACAUAGGACUAUUAAGUCUAUUUAAGGGUAUUAGAGGGUCUCUAAACUCUAAAUGCCCGAUUUUGGGGCAAAAUAAUACUUUUUGGCUUUUAGCUCUUUCAUUUCCAGUAUUUGGUCGGUAUUUUUUCCUUUGUCAAAAAUUGCAUGCAUAAAACUAUUUUCCUGUGGGCCAGUUUAUAAUAUCAUCUUUAAAAAAGUGGUUAUUCCAUAGUUAUAUCAAUGAAUUGCUAAUAUUAUACAUGCUAAAGGCCCAAAACUUUUACUAUAUAUAUUACCGAACUAUAUUGUAUAUUUUUAUAUUAUUCAGUUAUUUCUAUAUUAACAAGAUUUAAGAUCCUAAACGGUUAUUGUAAUGUAAUAUAUUUUAUUAGGGGUAGAACCAUGUAUGGUGAAGAUGAAAAUUAUUUUGUGAUAUUCGGAUAAAAUUUGGAAUCAGUAGAGCAGUACUUACAAAGGUGCUCUUUUUAUUUAUAAUUUUAUGUGAAGAAAAUGUAAUAAAGAGUUUUCGUACCAUAAAAA